AAUACUACUGCGACAUGGAGUGGGAAAGAGAGGCGCGGCCUCAACUUUAAAAAAUGGCAAGCAAUACUCGUGCUACAGUCAAUCGGUCGUGAACAGGCCAAACAAGCACACACCUAUGUACUAAGGCUCUUUUCGAAACCUCAUCUCUAGUGGAAAACCGGUGACGGAACGUUUCGAUUUAAAACAAGUCCUCGGAAAGAUCAUCGACGUCUCAAAUAUCUCUGAAGCAAAAAUUUAAUGUUGCAAGAUGGCAAAACUGCAAUGUUACCUAAGCCUUGUGCUAAUGUCAUGUGCCGGUAUAUUUACGAGAUUAGAGGCUCAUUAUCCUAAAGAACAAGAAAGUGAUUCCGCAGAACUACGUCUUAUCAGCACGGUAUUCAGACACGGCGAUCGGACAAUGGACCCGACAGUUGGAGAAUUCUAUCCAACUGAUCCAAACAAUAACUUCAAUUACUACCCAUAUGGCAAGGGUCAACUGACAAACGAAGGCAAAAGAAGAGCGUAUCAAUUUGGGAGAAUGUUGAAGCAAAGAUACAAUAAUUUUCUCGGAGACAUUUAUUAUCAACCAAAUAUCCAUGCGCGCAGCACGGAACUAACCAGGACUAAGAUGACGCUGCAGUUGGUCCUUGCAGGGCUUUAUCCUCCUCCACGUAUUCAAAGAUGGAAUCUGAACUUAAUGUGGCAACCGGUGAAUAUACAAUAUAAUGCGAAUAUUACGAAAGAUGGUCUCCUGUUUCCGUACAACUGUCCCACAUAUCAGCAAAAGCUAUUAAAAGUUUCACAAACUCCGAAAGCGAUAGCAGAAGAAAAGCAAUUUGACGAUUUAAAAGAAGAAAUGACAAAAUAUACAGGAAAAAAUAUUACCAGCUUGACGGGUUUAUUUGGUUUAUAUCACACUUUAUACACGGAAUACUAUUUAGGCUUACCUUUACCCGAGUGGACACAAAAGGUAUUUCCGUACGGCAGAUUGUAUGAUGCGUCGAUAUUGCAGUACAACAUGCUUAGCUACAAUGACGAGCUCACUAAACUUAAUGGAGGUGUAUUAUUGCACAGAAUGAUUCAAGAUAUGAAAGAAGUAAUCAAUGGAACUUCAGUAGAUAAAAAGAUCAAUCUCUUUUCCGCACAUGACCUAAACGUGAUCGCUAUGCUUCAGGCUCUGGGUGUAUAUAAUAAUAUUUUUCCGUCGUUUUCAAGCGCCGUUAUUAUAGAACUGCUCGAAAAGAAAGGCAAUUAUUUCGUCAAAGUAUUAUAUUAUUUAGGUAUACCAGCUGAGAUAGUAGAACUACAAAUUCCUGGCUGCGAUGUAAUGUGCCCAUUCAAUAAAUUCGUCAAUUUAAGAUUAGCCGCAACUGCGCCUGAUGAAGAAGAUCCAAAUUGCCCGAGAAACCUUCCUGAUAGUCCAUUUAAAUUUUAAACAAUCUACAGAGUGCUUCAAAAAUGUCAACAUUUAUAUAGAGAAUAAAAAAAAUGUCAACACUUA